UUGAGUGAUGCAAGUACUCAAUAAAAGAGCUUGUUUUUCAAUGAUUUUAGCAAUAUUUUGGAAUAUAAAAACAGAAGUCUUCUAUUGGAUAUUGAAUAUUGGAGUAGUUUGGAGCUAAUGUCACAUGUAUACAUACAUACGUAUUCUUUGUGCUGUUGACUUUAUUUACUUGUAGUGCGUUGACGUGCGUUCCAUGCGUUUCUUGAUCUUUAUGUGCGAGAAACGUUGAAUGAAAGGCGCAGCGUAAACAUUUGUUUCUCUUAUUAUUUUGGAUGAAUAAAAAAAUAUGGAUCAGGACUUAAAAGCUAAAAUUGAUCAAGCUUGUCGAACUGCAGAGGAAUUCACAAAACUGUAUUAUGAAUAUCUAGAUAAGCGGAGAUAUCUGAUUUCAAGAAUGUACAUGGACACUGCUAGUUUGAUGUGGAAUGGAAAUGGAGUAGCUGGCAAAGAUAAUAUACAAAAGUUUUGGACAGAUCUGCCAUCUUCAGAGCAUACCAUUUCUACUCUUGACGCUCAACCAAUUACAGGCCCAGAAGUAGCCAAUCAAUUAACAUUUCUCGUCAAAGUUGGUGGACAAGUAAAGUACGAAGAAAAAAAUCUAAAAUCGUUUAAUCAAACUUUUCUAAUUACGGCUAUGGGUGAUAAAUGGAAGAUUGUAAGUGAUUGUUUCCGAACACAAGAAUUACUGGGUAAUAAUACAAAUUAACAAUAUCGAUAAUAAAUAAUUUUUAUACUAUGUCGUUUUAGACUCUCUCUGUGAUCAUAUCUUAUAAUUUUUUUAAAUAAGC